GCUUCCCCCUCAACUGUCUCUCGCCCGUCCUCCAUUCGCUUUCUCCUGAACAAACGCACCCAAAUUUAAUCUCGUGAAGAUUGAUUAGUUCUUAGUUCCCAUUAGUUCCCAUUGCCAUUCAUUUCACCCCAUCGCGAUUUCUUCCAAAACCUUCGAACCUUCGAACCUUCGACCCGUCGGACCUUCAGAAAUCACAAAUCACAAAUCACAAGUCACAAAUCACCAAUCCAAAAAUCCAUUCUCCAAUAAUUUACCUUCUCGAUGAUGCACAAUUAACUUUUUGCAUUGUUCCAUCCCGAUUUUCCUUAGGCCCAUCGUCUUACGGCCUCCCUAACUAAUCAGGUCCCCCGUUCAUAAACUUGUGAGCGCAUAAUUAAUCAUGGCAUCCACUACGGGCACAAUGCGUGGGACUCCAAGUCGCAGCGGUCAAGCGCGUGGGCAAUUGCCUGUCUUUAGCAAUAGUGCUGCGUCGAAUAUCCCUCGACCCGCACAAGAUUCUCAUGCGACAAAUGCAACUACUCCAAAUACACAAAGUGAAGUCGGUGGAUCCAGCAUGAGUGCAAGCAGAGCAAAACAAUCCAAGAGGGAUGAGGCCAUCCGGAGGAAGAUCGAGACGGAUCUCAGUAAGAAGAGUAAGACGACCGGUCGUGCUCGACAGACAAGAAAAGCCCCGCCAGGAACCGUCCUCGCCCUUCGUCCCAGUCAAGCCCUCCAGAUCAAACCGAAUACCACCGUAGCAGAGGCGGCACAGUUGAUGGCAGCAAAGAGAGAAGAUUGCGUCCUAGUUACCGAUGAUGACGACCGUAUUGCUGGCAUCUUCACUGCCAAAGAUUUGGCAUUUCGCGUGGUGGGAGCAGGAAUCAAGGCCGCCAAUAUCACAAUCGCAGAGAUCAUGACCAAAAACCCUCUCUGUGCGAGAACCGAUACGAGUGCUACCGAUGCCUUGGAUUUGAUGGUUAGAAAGGGAUUCCGUCAUUUGCCCGUCAUGGACGAGAACCAAGAUAUCUCAGGUAUUCUUGAUAUCACAAAGUGCUUUUACGAUGCCAUGGAAAAAUUGGAGCGGGCUUAUAGCUCAUCGAGAAAGCUUUACGAUGCGUUAGAGGGUGUUCAAUCUGAAUUGGGAUCCAGUCAACCACAACAAAUCAUUCAAUAUGUGGAAGCUCUUCGAUCAAAAAUGUCCGGGCCUACUUUGGAAUCCGUUCUCAAUGGAAUUCCACCUACAACUGUUACCGUGCGAACAUCCGUCAAGGAGGCUGCUGCAUUAAUGAAGGAGAACCACACCACGGCUGUUCUUGUACAAGACGGGGGAUCAAUCACUGGUAUUUUUACAAGUAAAGAUGUCGUUUUACGUGUUAUCGCACCCGGAUUGGACCCCUCCAACUGCUCUGUUGUACGUGUCAUGACCCCGCACCCGGAUUUUGCUCCUAUGGAUAUGACGAUUCAAGCAGCGCUAAGAAAGAUGCAUGACGGACAUUACUUGAACUUACCUGUAAUGAAUGACCAAGGCGAAAUUGUCGGCAUGGUGGAUGUUCUCAAACUUACAUACGCCACCUUGGAGCAAAUUAACACCAUGCAAACAGGUGAAAGUGAUAGCGGCCCAGCAUGGAAUAAGUUUUGGAUGUCUCUCGAGCAUGACAAUGAAUCAAUGAUAUCUGGUGAAGGAAGUCAUCAUCAUACCACCGGCGGUCGUUCUUUGAUGUCCCCAGAUAUAUCACGAAGUCACGAACGUCAAGUGGAUGCUAGUGUUGCUCCUAAUGAUUCUGCUUCACACGUUGGUGUAGAUUCUCCUUCGCAUUCACAUUUGAGUCGUCAUAAUGAUAUUCCUCCUGAGGAUGUUCCAUUUGCAUUCAAAUUCAAGGCGCCAAGCGGACGUGUACACAGAGUUCAAGUCACAGCCAGCCAUGGUUUAGCUGAACUCAUUUCUGCUGUAACAGGCAAGUUGGGAUCAGAAAUUGAUGCUGUCGGGGGUGUAGCCUCCGUGGAGGAUGGUAAAAUUGGCUCAUCUGGCUUCGCUCUCAGCUAUCUUGAUGAUGAGGGUGAUUCUGUAUCAAUCACAACUGAUGAAGAUCUUCUGGAAGCAAUUGUCCUCGCUAGAAGUGGUCAUCGGGAUAAAGUCGAUUUGUUCGUUCACGAUCCUGAGAAACCACCAAUGGCAGCCACCUUAGAUCCUCAACCACCUAUCAUUCAAAUCGCUACUCCACCAGCAUCAUCUACUAUCCGAAGACGUCGCGUUGUUGAUUCUGAUGAUGAGAGCGAUGAUGAACCUCGAGUUAAAUCAAAGUCACGAAAGGCAGCAGCUCCACCACCAGCCGCGGAAGUCAUUCAAGGAGUACCAAACGAGCUAUUAUUACCUGGAGCGAUUGUAACUCUUGCAGUCGUUAUUGUUGGAGUUUUUGCAUUGACUCGCGCUACGAGCCGUUAACCUAAUGUUUUAGAGCUUGCGUUGAUAUUGUUAGACUUCAAUUCUCUGUAGAUCUCCAUCUUUUAGACGGAGCCAUACAAGCAUCAUGUUGCCUUUUGAUAACCAUUUGAUAGUUUUGCGGGAAUUCAACUCUAUACCCUUCUUUGCAAAUGAAUAGAAUUUAAAUUUUAUGCUACGCGUGAAUUUUAGACUUUUACCCCA